AGAGGUCCAGUCUAGCCCCAGGCACCAUGUCUGACAGCGAUCUGGGUGAGGAGGAAGGCCUCCUGUCCCUGGCAGGCAAGAGGAAGCGCAGGGGGAACCUGCCCAAGGAGUCAGUGAAGAUCCUUCGAGACUGGCUCUACCUGCACCGCUACAAUGCCUACCCCUCCGAGCAGGAGAAGCUGAGCCUUUCAGGACAGACCAACCUCUCAGUGCUUCAGAUAUGCAACUGGUUCAUCAAUGCCCGGCGGCGACUGCUCCCGGACAUGCUUCGGAAGGAUGGCAAAGACCCUAAUCAGUUCACCAUUUCCCGACGAGGGGGGAAGGCCUCAGAAGUGGCCCUCCCCCGGGGCAGCAGCCCCUCCAUGCUGGCUGUGUCCGUGCCGGCCCCAGCCCCCACCAACGUGCUGUCCUUGUCAGUGUGUUCCAUGCCACUCCACUCAGGCCAUGGUGAGAAGCCCAUGGUACCCUUCCCACAGGGGGAGCUGGAGCCUCCAAAGCCUCUGGCCACCCCUGGUAGUACACUCACUCUGCUGACCAGGGCUGAGGCUGGAAGCCCCACAGGGGGACUCUUCAACACGCCACCCCCCACCCCCCCGGAGCAGGACAAGGAGGACUUCAGCAGCUUCCAGCUGCUGGUGGAGGUGGCACUGCAGCGGGCCGCUGAGAUGGAGCUCCAGAAGCAGCAGGACCUGGCUCCCCCAUUGCUGCGUGCUCCCCUCCCUCUAGUCUCCGAGAACCCCAAGUAGGCAUGGCCGCCAGGCUGCUGGGGGGAAGGGGGUGCCUUCCUGGGCUCCCGGCCCCCUCCCUUCUGCCCAGAGGGUUUUCUGCAAUCACUGCCAAGCAUCCGGUCAUCUCCUCUGUCCAGAGGUCCUCAGCAGGAAGAUGCAUUGCGACCUCUGCUGACUGCCAUUGUCCAGGUCUCAGUCCGGAGACCUUGGGGCAGGAGACAGGCAUGGUGCUGCUGCUGCUGCUUCUCCAGAGUCCCUGGGGUGCCUCGUCCCGCUGCCUUCCUGGGCUGGGCUGGAAACCUGCCAAGCUCAGGCUUCGCUGGUUGUGCCUCACUGUCCAGCCAGUUCGCACAUUCCAAGUGGGACGAGAGAGAAUCCAGAUGAUGUCCCACACCGACUCCAGUUGAAUGUGUUUAGGUUUUUGCUAAACUUCUUCCCUCUGUGCUGUGGUUGGUGCUGGUGGCAGUUGCACCCUGGGAGCCCGGCACGGUCCGUGGUACGCUGAGAUGCCCACCUAGGCAACCACAGUGUAUCGGAAGAUUUGUAUUUGGGGGACCAGCUCAAUCUCUGCGGCGGUGGGAAAUUCCAGAUGGUGGUUUUAUUGUUAGCUUGGUUUACCAAAUAAGGUGGUGGGGGUGGGGCAGGGGUGAAGGAAACCACAGUGGACAUUGGCUUUUCUGCACCAGGCACAGAAGGGGAGAAUCCCCAAAUCUAGUGCUUCGAUCACAUAGAGCAGAAGAGAAAAUGAGGGGUUUGUUUUGUUUUUACUGUAUUGGGAUAAGGGUUAGACUGAAGCCGGGGGCAUAAUUUUCUUUAUCCCUUUUCAGUGUUUCCCCCUUUACGUUGCGAAAGCUUUGCCCGGCAGCCUAGGUUUUGGAUUCCUUUAGGUACUUGGGGAGUGAGCCCUCUGCUGGCAAGGAAGCCCGUGCAGCGCCCACAGCCAGGUGGGAAGCUUCCGGAGGGGGCAGGGUCAGUGCCUGCAGGGGCCUGGCCUCUGCCUUCAGAAGUGACUGCGCUGGAGUGGGGUGGGGAAGCUCAUCUUGGAGCCCUGAGUGCCUUCCUUCCUUUCAUCCUCCUCCAAAUUGCAGCCGCCAGGGCCCUGCCUAAGUGACCCAAUAAAUAGAUCCCAGUUGAUCUUCAGCUCCCCUCCCCCCCUUAUUUUGCUGUUUUAUUGCUGAUAGUUUUCAACAGCAGUAUACCCCAUCUUUAUGUAUCCUAAGAAACACUAAUCCUAGGUUUUUUUUAUUAGCCCAAAUAUUUUUUUGUUCUAAAUAACAUUACUGGGCCAGAAGGUUUUUGAGGGCUCCUGACCUGUAGGUUCAUGGAAGCUGGUAGGUUGGGUGUGAGGGGAAGGGAUUCCUGGGUACUGACGGGUGGGCCUCAGCAGGAAGGACCCUGCUGGCCUCAGGGGCUCCUGUACGUCUCCUUGCUGUGGGAGUGGUGAGUUCUGCCUGCCUCCCUUUCUUCCUCAUGCACCCCAGGGGAGCAGGAUCCUCACCCUCCAGAAGCUUCUCUGGAGAAGGUUAGCGGAGUUCACAGCUAUGCCUACCUGGAAGGCUGGAUCCUAUAGGUGACUAGGAGUGGGCCAGACUGGGUGGGACUUUCCCCAUGGAGGUGCACUGAGCAGGAGGGCACAGGCCAGGGAGCCACGCUGCUGAAAUACUUGGCAUCCCCGUGGGUAGGAAGUGGGCGUCUUGGGGUGAGGCAGCCCUGCUUAGGUCUGGUUGUAAGGUAAGCCUGGAGGAGAAGCACACUUGUCCCACUCAAUUAUUUGAGCAAAAAACUACUGUAAAUAACUUGUUUUUGUCUUCUGUCAAAUAAAGUUUUGUUUUUAAUUCUGAAGCAGAGCCGAGCUAUGAGCUGGUCCUGUGGCUCUGGAGAGGCAGGCAGGUGUUACUCUGCCUUGAGCUAGCUUACUCUAGCGUAGGCAGCGCCUCGCACUUA